AUGGGACCCUUCGAGUCUCAGGAAUGUGCUGGCCCAGGCCUCCACGUGCCUGUGUGGGAUAACGAUGUCAGGAGGCCUGUCACCUGUCUGAUGAAAGGCAGGAGCGCUAGCAGUCCUGGUGUCCUUCAGUCCUUCCCCAACCCCGUCCUUGGCCCUGGCCUGGCGAGCGGAGGCACGGCAAGCCAUUCCUACUGCAGCAGCUCUGGCUGUGGGAUCAGGACCUUCAGCUCCUGCUCAGCGGUGGUGCCCAAGCCUGGGGCUCAUGGCUUUGCCAGUGGCCUGGCCUUCCGUGGGGACAGUCCUGGGGGCCCCAGCUACAGGCAUCUCGGGGGCUUUGGCAGCCGGAACCUGUGUGCAGCGGUGUCCCUGAGGACCGCCAUCAGUUAUGCUCGGCCUCUCCGCGCUGGAGGCAGCUUCGGGUACCGCUCCGGCGGCGUGUGCGGCCCCAGCCCGCCCUGCAUCACCACCAUGUCGGUCACCAAGAGCCCCCGCGCGCCCCUCAACCUGGAGAUCGACCCCACUGCGCAGUGCGUGAAGCGUGCGGAGAAGGAGCAGAUCAAGAGCCUCAACAACAAGUUUGCUGCCUUCAUCGACAAGGUGGGUGUCUGGGUUCAGCAGAACAAGCUGCUGGAGACCAAGUGGCAGUUCUACCAGAACCGCAAGUGCUGUGAGAGCAACCUGGAGCCGCUGUUCAAUGGUUACAUUGAGACACUGAGGCGGGAGGCUGAGUAUGUGGAGGCCGACAGUGGGAGGCUGGCCUCGGAGCUCAACCACGUGCAGGAGGUGCUGGAGGGCUACAAGAAGAAGUAUGAAGAAGAGGUGGCUCACAAGGCCACGGCUGAGAAUGAGUUUGUGGUGCUUAAGAAGGACAUCGAUUGCGCCUAUCUGUGCAAGGCCGACCUGGAGGCCAACAUGGAGGCCCUGAAGGAGGAGAUGGGCUUCCUACAGUCUCUCUACGACGAGGAAAUUCUCCUUCAGUCACAAAUCUCUGACACCUCGGUGGUGCUCAAGAUGGACAACAGCUGGGAGCUCAACAUGGACUUGGUUGUGGCUGAGAUCAAGGCUCAGUACGAUGACAUUGUCAGCCGCAGCUGGGCUGAGGCCGAGUGCUGGUACCAAACCAAGUGUGAGGAGAUGAAAGUCACGGUGAUGCAGCAGGGUGAGAGCCUCUGCAGAACCAAGGAGGAGAUCAGUGAGCUGAAGCGCAUGAUCCAGAGGCUGACGAUGGAGGUGGAGAACGCAAAGCAGCAGAGCUGCAAGCUGGAGGCCGCUGUGGCCGAGGAGGAGCAGCAGGGCGAGGCGGCCCUUAAUGAUGCCCGCUGCAAGCUGGCGGGGCUGGAGGAGGCCCUGCAGAAGGCCAAGCAGGACAUGGCCUGCCUGCUGAAGGAGUACCAGGAGGUGAUGAACUCCAAGCUGGGCCUGGACGUGGAGAUCGCCACUUAUCGCAAACUGCUGGAGGGCGAGGAGAGCCGGUUGUGUGAAGGCGUGGGCUCCAUCAACAUCUGUAAUGUGAGCCGUUCCCAGGGCGGUGUGGUCUGCGGGGACCUGGGUUCCACUGUCCCUCGUGGUCUGGGAGGCGUGGCCAUCAGCAGCGGUGCCCUCUGCUCCCCCUCUGUAGUGGGGGCCUGUUCCAGUGUGAGAUCUGUGAGGUUUACAUAG